AUGAAGGUCAUAUACAGUGAUGCUGAAGAACAACAUAAGUUUAUUGAACUUUUAAUGGGCAAAGGAAUGUUAUCCAAAAAUAUUACACCGUUAAAUCACAAAUAUAGUCAUGGCAAAAAUCAAUUAGAACAUGUUGUAAAUGACCAUAAAAUAUGCAAAAGCUUUAUAGUAGGGCAAUGCCCUUAUGAAUUAUUUAGUGGUACUAAACAAUAUUACGGACGGUGUCCACAAUAUCAUAUCCCUAAAUAUAGACUUUUAUACAGAAGAAAAUAUGGCAGUGAUUACACAAAUAACAUUCUAUUAACUGGCAACAUCUCUAAAGAUAGCAUCACCAAGGACAACACUUAUAUUCUCGAACAAAAAAUAUUUAUUGAAAUGAAUAAAGAAUAUUAUAAUUUAUUGACCAGAUUUUUAAGCGAAAGUGACCAAACUGUUCAGCAUGCUUUACAAAGCUUAGAACAACACACUAAGGAGGAACGUGAGAAGAUUUUAGAGGCAACUACUGAAUUAGAUAAAGUAGAUGAAACUAUUGGUAUCAUGUUGCAAGAGAUUGAGACAUUAACGGAAAACAACGAGGUUUCUCGAGCUUUGCUUCAAAGUGAGAAAUUAAAGCUGUUGUAUCAAAGGAGAGAACUGGUUAGCAAAAAAUGUAGAGAAUUUGCAAAUAAUGUAGGUCAAAGCGCACAGCAGAAAUUGCAAGUAUGUGAAGUUUGCGGUGCCUUUUUGAGUAGACUAGAUACCGAUAGAAGAUUGGCUGACCACUUUUUGGGGAAGGUGCAUUUAGCUUAUGUUAAAAUGAGAUCAGAACUUGAUAGAUUGAACUCAGUCUUCCAAAAUAUGAAUGUAGAUAUUAAAAAAUUGAACAUGGAAAGUCGUACUACUAGACAAUAUCAGAACGGGAUUAUUAAUAACAAUGCUAGAUAUCCUACUGCUAUGCCACAAAUUUACAAGCAAAGAACCAGCAGGUCUAGGUAUAAUAAUGUUAAAAGUACCAAUGAUUUCGCAUUCUCUCCAAAUCAUGAAAAAACAACAGUGAUACCUCCACCAUUUUCUCAAGGCCAGAUACGUUAUUUAUCUAGAAAUUUUAGAAGUCAAAAACAGCACCCCUCUCCCUCCCAUCAAGAGCCAUUAGGUUAUUAG